UCAGUUCUCUUCGGUAUUCUACUAUGUCUGGACGUGGCAAAGGCGGCAAAGGACUCGGGAAAGGCGGCGCCAAGCGACACCGCAAGGUCCUGCGAGAUAACAUCCAGGGCAUUACCAAGCCUGCCAUCCGGCGCUUGGCUCGACGCGGCGGCGUCAAGCGCAUCUCCGGGCUCAUCUACGAGGAGACUCGCGGUGUCCUCAAAGUGUUCCUGGAGAAUGUGAUCCGGGACGCCGUCACCUACACCGAGCACGCCAAGCGCAAGACGGUCACGGCUAUGGAUGUGGUCUACGCUCUCAAGCGCCAGGGCCGUACUCUUUAUGGCUUCGGCGGCUAAGUGCUACCACCGGCUUCAGACCUUCGGUCUCUUGCACCAACACCUCAACCCAAAGGCCCUUUUCAGGGCCCCCAAAGCAUCAAGAAAGGAGCUGGGGAUACUUGUAUAGGGGCUGGAAGAGGGUUCUCAACCCCGGGCUAGGUUAUCUCGGAGGAGGAUAGUUGCUUUGAUUGUAGUACAUGCAAAUCAGGCCGCGUGAGAGCACGUUCUCAUUGGAGCAGUGGGCCAUUGGCUCCGCCCGCCGAUGGGCAACGUGAUGCGGUAUGCUUGCUGAGUGCUGUUAACCUAUAGGUAUAGACUAUGAAUUUUUUUUUUUUUUUUUUUUUUUUGCUUGUUUCUGGGUGCCAGGCCGAAAGCUGACGAUGCUUGGUUCGGUCCCGCCUUGCGACCUCUAGACCUGGGAAGGGCUGAUCCGUGACGUGCGCUCUCCAGAGGGAAAAUAUUGAAGACUCACGUCCCUUAGAAUAGCGGGAAACUGAGGAGUGGGGCGGAGGCUUGGAACCGUCAAAAUAAAGUGACUGUUGCGUAAACUCGGUUUUCUCAGCUGUAACUAUUUACCUGCCCCUAGAUGGUGUCUUUUGGGGCCAGGAAAGAAAUCGGGGUCUAUCUUUAGCUCAGUCUGGUCAGCUCCCUGAAUUCCUGUACAGACACCAGAAUUUAAGUCUCACUGAAGUCUCCUUUCUCAAGUCUCCAGCGGGUAGGACUUAAAGAA